CACAGGAUAUGCUAGUCUACUACAUAGUACACAGAAUAUAGACAGUCAAAUUGCUGAUAUUAGUGAAUACAAUUUAGAAAUUCUACAAGAAGCGAAUCUGUCACACCAAUAUUAUUAUUAUUACUAUAUACUGAAAGCACUUCCUCAUCAUUAACAAAGUUAAAAUCUAGAGUUACAGUGUAUAACUACCCGCUAUUGUAACAAGAGCGAAAAAAACACAGUAUUGCUGUAUAUACGUCGGUGUCUGCGUCAGCCAUUCGUAUUCGUAUAGUCGAGAUCUACUUUAGUGUAAUCAAUCUUGCUUCUUCCACAGUUGUACACGUGUUACACUUUUACUAAUUGUUAUAUCGUACUGCAUAAAUAGUUUAUAUUGUUGACGAUGUCCAGCACGGAUAUUUCUAAUAUGGACGAUACCAGCACCCUUGAUGCGCCUCGUCAGGCAACAUGGCUGGAUUUCGUAAUAGUGAUUGGCACUGUUAUAUUCCUUGCCUUUCUCCUUGUGAAUCUGCUGUCAAUGAUCUGGAACUACAUAAAGCUUAGAAAAGAGAUCAAGAAGUCAUAUAAACGAGCCAAAGCGAGUAGGAUACGCGCUGAAAAGCGAGCGAUAGCCCGAGCCGGCAAAGCGGAGGAAGAUAAAAAGAACGGUUCGACGAGAGAGCUGAAGUCAACUGAAGCAUUCUUAGCUCUGAGUGUGACUGACGAUCCCAGCAGUGUCUUCACUAGUGCGUCAGCACCAGCUGAGGAGACGGGAAAGAGUGCGAGAGUGCUAUGUCCAAACUGCAAUGACGAUAUUCUGGAAAGUCGGGUGAAUGCACACCUAGACAGGUGUCUGGCUAGAAAUUCAGAUACUAUUGUGUAGCUCUGGCUAUGAGAUGGGGCGUUGUAGUUCACAGUGCUACACACAUCGUUGCGAACGGCAUAGGAGUUACGAACUUGAAGUAAUUUACUUCACUUGCUAUACCAGCCCUUGGAUGUUUGAUGCCACUUAAGAGCGUACAUGUCAUCGAUUUUCGAUAGUACCGAUCGCGUGCACGAAUCGUAGACUUGAAUGUCAAUGUGAAGUAUACAGAGGGAAUCAUGGGUGAUGCAACAUAUGCGUAGACUAAACGCAACAUUUCCCCAUGCAGCGACCAGUUGUACUGUGUACCAGGGGGCAUGCGAGAAGCGAUUGUUAAUCGGCGGAACAAUCUUUGUUUUAGUGGACAUGUGCGAAGAUAUUCAAAAUUGCAAAUAAGGUGCACGGGAAGGGAGACGAGCACUUGGAAGGCACCUCUGCGUUGCUCGAUUAUGUUAUCGACAUAAUGGUAUCCUUCCGUUCUAUGGGUCCGACGCACACUCUAAUUCACUGCGGUAGCCAGCUUACGGCACCGUUUUGAGCGUAAGAGAUACGUCCGUGAGAUAAGAGUUUUAGCACAACUUGAGGUUACCAAGGCUCGCCAGAUUCGGGUAAUCAGGGACCCAACAUCCUAUACUUAUCUCUUCCACAUACAGACAACAAUCGGAUACACCAACAUACUUCAGACUGAAUAAAAUACAGUCAUCAUCGUUUGUGGUUAUAGUGUCAUUGCGGAUCAUUUGAACGUUUGGUAUAUGUCUGACGUUGUCUCGGGCUACUGCAAGCAAGACGAGAUUUGAUUGCGCCACAUCAUACUUGAACUUCAAGUGGCAAGCAUGUUUGUGUUUUUAACGGGUUCUUCUCCCCAAUUGUUGCGCACCAAUUUCAUCUGAACAAUAAUAUUGCAUGCCCGGACUCCUAACAUAUAUUUAGCUUUCAGCGUCAUAUAAAAAUAUUUCAAAC